AUUCGAGAAGGAGUAAAAUGGUAAAAGUAAUCCGUGUCUUACUACGUAAAUCUUUUGCAUUUUUCUUUUUUGGUUAAAACGUUUAUUCAAGUCUUUCCCGGCAAGGAAACAAAAUCUAUACGGACCUACCUUUAGAAAAGCUUAACCCCUUCUCUCUUAUAAAAACUGCUUUAAAGACAACCAAAAGAAUAUUGAACCAUAAAAAAAAAUCAAAAAUAAACUCUUGAGCGAUGAGCAACCACCUCUUACCACCGGAGAACAAGAUCCCGACUCUCAACUUCGACCAUCUAGAGAUUUUCUCAGCCCUUGGACGUGGAUCUAAAGGAGUUGUGUUCUUAGUAAAAGCCGAUAACAAAUGGCUUGCUUUAAAAGUCAUACUAAGAGAAUCAAUCGAGUCAAAGAAGGCCAAAGAUGAGUACAAACGCAUAAGUUUCGAACAAGGAGUGUUGUCUCGAUUCGACCAUCCUCUGUUUCCACGUCUUCAUGGUGUUAUAUCCACCGAUAAAGUUAUCGGUUACGCGAUUGAUUACUGUCCUGGAAGAGAUCUCAACUCUUUAAGGAAAAAACAGUCGGAAGAAAUGUUUUCCGAUGAGAUCAUUAGAUUUUACGCGGCGGAGCUUGUGAUUGCACUUGAGUAUUUGCAUAAUCAAGGAAUUGUGUACAGAGAUUUGAAGCCUGAUAAUGUGAUGAUUCAAGAGAAUGGUCAUCUGAUGCUUGUUGAUUUUGAUCUUUCGACGAAUCUACCUCCUAGAACUCCACAAUCUUCUUUUUCGUCGUCACCGAGACUUUCGACGGCGACGAAGAAAGAAAGGUCUAUCUUCGCAUUUUCCGGUUUAUGUAACUCCGGAAUCUCCCCGGACGACUCGGUUUCGAGAUCCUCCGAGUCGGAGUUUUCAGGAGAGAAGUCGAACUCGUUUGUUGGAACAGAGGAAUAUGUUGCGCCGGAGGUAAUCACCGGAAGUGGCCAUGACUUCGCCGUGGAUUGGUGGUCGUUGGGAGUGGUUUUGUAUGAGAUGUUGUACGGAGCGACGCCGUUUAGGGGGUCCAACCGUAAAGAGACUUUUUUAAAGAUAUUAACUGAACCGCCGAGUUUGGUCGGAGAAACGACAUCGUUAAGAGACUUGGUAAGAAAACUGUUGGAGAAAGAUCCUAGCCGUAGGAUUAAUGUUGAAGGAAUCAAGGGACAUGAUUUCUUUAAAGGGUUGGAUUGGGAUUUGGUGCUUAAGGUAUCACGACCACCGUAUAUUCCGGCGCCGGAAAAUUAUGAGAUUUCGAAAAUCGACGUGGAGAAAUUCGUCCAUGAAAUAUUUACUAAAUGUGAACAUAAUGGUAAUUUUAUUGUCUUUUAGUUUAAAUUUAUUUUAAAAAUUUGUAGAAUUAUUUAUGUCUAUCAUAUGAUUUUAGGUAAUUGUCAAACUGGCCAUUUACAUAUAUAGAAUAUUCG